AUGCCCGAUUAUUUCAUCUAUGACAACUGUUGUGGGGUAUACAACCACCUUCAAUUGACUAAUGACCCACUCCUCAAGGUUGUAAGAUUUCCUGUCGAUGCAUUUCACUUUGAUUGCAAACACAAAAAGACUGACAUCGUUUGUCAAGAGCACUGCAACCCCCAAAAAUUUCCCGAGCUCAUCAACAUUGACGGAACAUGGUAUUUCAACUCCUCAAAAUGUGAGCAGCUGAAUGUAUGGCUAGGUGGGUAUCAUGCUAUUCUACGUGAGAUGAAUGCAGACCGGUACGAAUUCUUGCUGGACGAGUUGAUCAUGAGGAAGAACAGGCUAUUGAAAACAAAGCUAGAACACAAUGGUUGCCUUCCAGGCUAUAUUCCAGAUCUCAGAUGUAAUUCUUAA